UGUGAUGUCACCGUCAGCUGUGGUGACGUCACGCUGCCCCUGUGAUGUCAUGGCAGAGUGGAGGCGCAGGGAGGCAAUCAUGGCCGCCACUCGGCUCACACAGGCGCUGGUGGAUCACCUCAACGUGGGCGUGGCACAGGCCUAUGUGAAGCAGCAGAAGCUGGACCAUGAGGUGAAGACAUUGCAGGUCCAGGAAGCACAGUUUGCCAAGCAGACGGGGCAAUGGAUCACCAUGGUGGAGAAUUUCAACCAGGCCCUCAAGGAGAUCGGUGACGUGGAGAACUGGGUGCGCAGCGUGGAGAUGGACAUGAGGACCAUUGCCACCACGCUGGAGUACGUGUACAAGGGACAGCUCCAGCCACCCUGCUCCUGACACCCCCGGGUCCCGCCUCCCAC